AUUAGAUCAUACCAAAUGCGAACGCAAGCCGCUCGGAAAACCACAAGAUCUGAUUCACUAGGCUGCCAGGGGUGAACUCGCGUUAUCGCAGUCGUGUAGCCAGGGGUCGAUUAGUGUCCACUCGUUAGCGCGCCUCAUGGCUGGCUCACGGACGACAGGCAACUGCCUCCUGCGAUCCAAUGGCCGGGAGCGAUGGAUGUGGCGCAGUGGGAUCAAAAUCACGGUGGAUCCCCGCGAUAUCGAGGACGCAGUCUGCGUCCUCGUCCUCAUCGCCUCCUGUUCUUCCGUGAAGGCCACCCAGAUCCGCCCCGUUGAGCGACCCCGGCCCAAAGCACCAUGGCGCUGGAGUCGUCGCUGAAGGCGGCGGAAUCGCUGCUCGGCGGGCCGCUCCUCUCCUGCCUCGGAUACUGGGACAGUCGACUGGCCUUCGCCGCCGCGGCCGCGCUUCUGCCGCUCGCUCUCACCUACUUGCUGACUUGGCUUCGCUCCGCUUGGAUCAAGAAUGUGCGAGGCAAAGGCGACCCGCCGCCGGUCCCGUACGCCGUGCCGUUCCUGGGCAAUACGUUCCAGUUUGCCUACGACACGGAAGGGUUCGUGGCCAGAACGCUGUAAGCCGAGCGCCCCCUUUUUGCAUGUCUGUCCCGCAGGCGACUUCGACUCACCCAUGUGUUUCUCCUGCUUGGGGCGUAGGCGACGCUUCGGGAGCGUGCCGUUCCGGCUCAACGCCGGGUUCGAGGACAUGUACUACAUCCCGCCCGGCGGGCCGGUCCAAGCCAUGUUCAAGAACGCGCGGGACCUGUCGAUGAAGCCCAUCAUCAUUGUCGCGAUGCGAGACCAGUUCGGCAUGGCGCCCGCGGACCUGGCCAUCUACGAGCGCGACGGCUCCGGCGACAGUGCGAAGCCGCUCGACGGGUGGGAGAACAUGGACCCCGCGCACCGCGUCUUCUACCACCAGCACCGCGACCUGAACGCCAUGCUGAACGGGGCUCCGCUCGACGGCAUGAUGGCACGCUUCAUCGCCAACUACACGGCCCGGCUGCGGGCGACACCCCUGGUCGGCGACGAGUGGACGGAGCUGCCGGACAUGUACGCCUUCUUGCGCGACGAGAUGUUCCACGCCGCCUGCACGGCUCUGGCCGGCGAGCGCUUUUUCGAGCUGUGCCCCGACUUCUGCCGCGACUUUUGGGAGUUCGACAGCCAUGUGCUGCGGUACCUCCGGCGGACGCCCCGCUGGAUGGCGCCCAAGGCCUACGCCGUGCGCGACAGAGUGCUGGCCUCGAUUGAGAAGUGGCACAAGCACGCGAGGGAGCAACUCGACUACAGUGACCCGUCGCUCGCCGACGUCGACUACGAGCCGGUCUGGGGCGCCCGUCUGAUGCGGAUGCGGGCCGAGAUGUUCGACAAGGCCGGCUUCUCGCUCGCCGGGUGCGCCAGCAUGGACCUGGGCUUCUUGUGGGCGGCCAACGCCAACGUGAUCCCCUCGACCGUGUGGGUGCUGCUCAACGUGCUGCUCUCGCAGAAUCUGACGGAGCGGGUGAUGGCCGAGAUGGCCGAGUGCUUCGAGGACGAGAGCGGCGACUCGUUCAGCCUGUCGGCGCUGUGCGGCAAGCCGCUAUUGAACGGCCUGUACCUCGAGGCGCUGCGCUUCUGCGUUGCCACGACGUCGGCCCGAAACCCGGUGGUCGACGACUUCAAACUCUGCGGAUGGAACAUGCCGCGGAACUCGCUGAUGCUGAGCAUCAGCUGGUUCGGCGCCCACGACCCGCACUUCUGGAACACGGGGCGCGUGCUCCCCAACGGGAAGCCGGAGCACCCAGUCAACACGUACUGGGCCGAGCGCUUCCUCCAAUAUCCGGGGGAUCCGGCGAGCGGACCCGUUCGCAAGCCCGACGAGGCGAUCUACCGCUCAGGUGCCAAGACGUCGGAGCGGACGGCCCAGGAAGACAAGACGGCGAAGCCCAUCAGCCAGACGGGCGCCCUGCAGGGCUACUUUUACCCGUACGGCGGCGGCAGCAGGAUCUGUCCCGGGCGGCACCUGGCCAAGCAGGAGAUGCUGGUCGCUGUGGCCGUGCUGAUGCGCGAGUUUGAGAUUGAGCUGUUGGAUCCCGCGUCGGCGCGGAAAGCGAGGCCGGACGCGAAAGCGUUCGCAAGCGGCGCGAUCGCCCCAGACCGGAAACUGCCCGUGAGGGUAAGGAGGCGGAGGCGGAGUUGAGAAGCGGGGCGCUGUGGU